UGAGGACAAAACUCUUCCCUUGACUAGAGCUGAGAAAAGCAGUUUUCAAUCUUUUGUUUUGAAAGAAUAAAUUUGCUGCAAUACCCUUAAAUACUGGCUAGCAUCUUUCUCAUGAGAUUAAUUGCUAUUAUUUAAAAUUCCCUGGUAUCACUUAACAUAAAGUGCCUUAAAUUCAGAGAUUCAUACUGAACUGGAAGAAUGAAAACAGAACUUGGCAGAAUUUCAACCAAGGGUUGUCUCAAAAGUAAUUACUUUAGCAUGUAGACCUGGGACCAAAAGACUGUGCCUAGAGCUAACCACGUUGCGGUCCAUAAGUGCAUGCUCCUUAUCUGGUUUCCAACAAUAAAGUCACUGUGGCAUUACAGUUUACUGCUUUCAUGAACUGUGAGUACUGAAGGAGAGAAGAGAUUCCCCCAGGAAUAGCACUUGGCUGCCAUUUAAAAGGUUGAGUCAAUAGUUCGAUAAACACAUGUGCUCAGAGCUUUGUGUCUCAAUGUUGAUAAUAUUGGUGGGCAGCAGGCAAGUAGUGGGACAGUCAAUACCUCUGUGCAGUGGGGAUGCAGUGAAUUUUAUGGGCUGUGUACCACUUAAUCAGAUUUCAGGUGGGCAACAGCAAAAGCUUAGAUUUAAUUUUUAUAGUUGGUGGCAUUUCUUUCAUACACCUCUUCAGUUGUCUUUUCAAAUCUUAAGUGUUGCAUAGGGAUGGGGUAGAGGUAAAAAUGAGUCAUGACUCCUCUCUGGCCUUUGUUUACUUUCAUCCUGGAAUCCAUAAAAAAUGACUAAGGGCCCCCCAGAGCCCUUGGCUCUGAGCUCAAACCUUUCUUAACCACUUGUUGUCAAGUUUUCUCCUGAGAUCUCUAAAAGCAAGGACUGGUUUUAUUUUGUUUUAAUCUUUAUCCUUGGGCCAAACACAUGAGUACUUGGUGAAUGAAUAAACCAGCCUCACAUACUGCUUAUGCCAUUGCUUGCAGUGGAGGGAUUCCAGUAGUUAUGCAGAGAUGUGUUUUUCUUUGGAAGAUAGCUAUAUUAAGGAUGCAGAUGUAAGGCAGUUUUCAGAGUUUUGAUGGAACAUCCUGAGUGGUCAGAGAGCAAAACCAACAACCCAAGAAGAGACAAAAGGCAGAAUGGAAUGAAGGCAGUUUAGGAGCACAUCCCCUGGACCUAAGACUGCAUGGCUUAAAGUCCAAACCAUGCUUUACCCCUGUCUGUCUCAGUCACUUACAAAAUGAAGCCUAAUAUGUAGUAUCUUAAAGUUUAUGUGCAUAUGCUAAUAUAUUUAAAGUGCUUAGAAGUGCCAAUUACACAGCAUUCAGUAAAUGUUAGCUUUUGCUUUUAAUCUUUGGUACACAGUGAUAUAUUUUUUCACAGGGAGUGGGAGGGUCUAGGACAGUUGGAGACAGUAGGCCAGUAGGGAUACAAUCCCCUAACACACGUGUACUGGAGGGUGUUUCCAUUUUUAAUCUUGAGUUGUCAUUCUAGUAAAGCCAAGGAAUCAGGUAGGGUUGAGAGGGUAACUCAGGGAUGAUAGCUGAGGCACUCAGCCUUUUCUAGGCUGAAUCCUUCGCAUCAGCCAGAGGGCGGGCUUUGGAGUCACCUUAAAAGCCCCUAAUUUCUCCUUCUUGCCAUAGGGGUCAGGAACUGGGAGGGGAGACUGAACAAGGGGGCAAGAAUACGAACGGCCUCGGGCCUGGAGCAAGCUCCCCUUAAACCUCGGUUUCCCUGCCCCUAAGGGAAGAGCUCACCAAAGCAGGACCACGGGCCACCCGGGAACCCUCUGCACCCGCCGGCACAGAGGAAAGCACAGUUUCCCACCUCCCGUCAGGCAUGGGGCGGGGCCGGAAGAGGCGGGAAGGCCGCGACUGAUUCCCGCUAGAUGUGGUCGGUCGCGGAGAAGCGGAGGGUGGAGCCCCAGCCCGGGGCCGGGCAGAAUGGAGGCAGGUUCAGGCGCGGCUCCGAGCGGGGGCAGAUCGGCAACGGCGGCCGCGGUGGUGACCAAAAUGCGUCCGAGCCCUUGCGACCCCGGGGAGGAGCUCCGCGAUCCAAAUGUCCGUAUCGCGGAGCGAGGUGGGCGGGCGGCUGGGGACCAUGGCCAGGACCGGCAUGGAGCAGUGGCGUGACCGGCUGGCACUGGUGACAGGAGCUUCGGGGGGCAUCGGCGCGGCUGUGGCCCGGGCCCUCGUCCAGCAGGGACUGAAGGUAGUGGGUUGUGCCCGCCCCGUGAGCAACAUCGAGGAGCUGGCUGCCAAAUGUAAGAGUAUAGGCUACCCCAGGACUUUGAUCCCCCACAGAUGUGAUCUGUCCAGCGAGGAGGACAUCCUCUCCACGUUCUUGGCUGUCUGCUCUCAGCACAGUGGUGUGGAUAUCUGCAUCAACAAUGCUGGCUUGGCCUGGCCUGACACUCUGCUCUCAGGCAACACCAGCAGCUGGAAGGACAUGUUCAAUGUGAACAUGCUGGCCCUCAGCAUCUGCACACGGGAAGCCUACCAGUCCAUGAAGGAAUGGAAGGUGGAUGACAGGCACAUCAUUAAUAUCAACAGCAUGUCUGGUUACCAAGUGUCACCCCACUCCGUGAUCCAUUUCUAUAGUGCUACCAAGUAUGCCAUCACCACACUGACAGAGGGACUGAGGCAAGAGCUUCGGGAGGCCCAGACCCACAUUUGAGCCACAUGCAUCUCUCCAGAAGUGGCGGAGACACAAUUCUCCUUCAAACUCCACAACAAGGAUCCUGAGAAGGCAGCUGCCAUCUAUGAACGCAUAAAGUGUCUCAAACCUGAAGAUGUGGCUGAGGCUGUCAUCUAUGUCCUCAAGCACCCUUCCACGUGUCCAGGUGAGUCUGGCCUUGACUGUCCACCCCCUGGAAGAGCCCAGCCAUCCCAGAGGAGGACAGCAGGGAGGCCUAGUGGGUGGGGAGAGCAUCCUGUCUGCCUCAAGCCUUGUGCCUUCCAGCAGAUUGGGGACAUCCAGAUGAGGCCCACGGAGUAGAUGACCUAG